CAUUAAAACAUUGUUGCACUAGUUGUUAUGGUUUUUUUUUCAUAAACAAAUUCAGAUACAAAUCAGAGGUAAAUAAUAACUGUGGAUAAAUAAAUUGUGAGUGGAAAAAACAGGUAAACAACCUUGCAAAAGGUGAAGCAGAAAUCAAAUACGCGAAACUGUCGGUUUAAGCGACACAGAAAUUAAUGAAUUUUAAAUUACUUGCCUGAAAAAAAAUAAAAAUAAAUGAGGGUAUAAAAACAUUAACACAGGUUAAUGCCAAUGCAAAAGCAAAACAAGGAAAGAUAAAUAAACAAGUGACAACAACAACUCAGUGGAGCAUUUAGAAAGUGAAAACUGCUUUGAAAUGCGAAAAGAUAAACAAAAGGAAAAAGAAACGUAAACAUCAAAAAUUUUCAGUUGCAAAUUGUUUUGUCUUAUCCACACGAUAAGUUUCUUGCCGCUAACAACAACAUUAAUUUGUCAACUAUUCACCAACUUAACCAAGAAUCCAUAUAUCCAGGGCAGCCUAUGCACUGCUGCCUGCAGCUAGCCACUACUACCUUCAACAAUGUUUAUCUCGUAUAUGAAUUGUGAAUGCGAUAGCGAAAGCAGCCACAGCGAUACAAUGUCCGUGGAGCAAUUGCUGCUAGCCGUGCGGGAGGAAACCGAAUCGGAAGACGACGACGACGACGACGACGACGAUGACGACAGCAAUGAGGAUGGCGGAAAUGAUGCGAAUGGCAGCUGUAGGGAGGCAGAUGGUGGCAGUGAAACUGAAUCGAGCCACACAGUCGAUUCGACAACCAGCGGUGCGCCACUGCUUCGCCGCUUCCGACGCUCGUCCAUUGGUAUGCAGCGCAAGGCGGCAUUUCGUCAAAGGAAAUUGGAUUCGUUGGGCACUUGGCGGAAGCGACGAUCAGCGUCAGCGAGUAAUGCAAGGCGACCCAUACGAAUUGUGCCCGACUGGACUGAGAAUGCGGUGCAGGGUGAACACUUUUGGAAGCCCACAUCGGUUUCAGGCGAUUUAUGUUGCUUGAAUGAGGAGUGCAUAAAAAGUGGUCAACGCAUGAAAUGCUCGGCCUGCCAAUUAAUUGCACAUCAGAAUUGCAUUCCAAUCGUCAAUGAAAAGACUCAAUUAGCUUGUAAGCCAACAUAUCGAGACGUAGGCGUUCGACAAUACAGGGAACAAUCGACAACGCAUCAUCACUGGGUGCAUCGCAAAAUGGAAAAGGGCAAAUGUAAACAGUGCGGAAAGGCUGUUCAAGGUAAACUUUUUGGCUCGAAGGAAAUAGUUGCAUUAUCCUGCGCUUGGUGUCACGAAGUCUAUCACAAUAAGGAAUCUUGCUUUAAUCAAGCGAAAAUUGGCGAAGAGUGUUCGUUGGGCAACUAUGCACCCAUUAUUGUGCCGCCUUCUUGGAUUGUUAAACUGCCCACCAAGGGAAAUUUCAAGUCCUCCAUAAGAGUGAACAACAAAAGCAAUGUCACAAUAGGUACGAGUAAAAAGAAGGGCACGAGUAAGCGGCAAAAACAAAAGGAGGAGAAGAAAGAGCCACGCGCCUUCAUCGUGAAGCCCAUACCAUCGCCCGAUGUCAUACCCGUGAUAGUGUUCAUCAAUCCCAAAUCGGGCGGCAAUCAAGGUGUUAAGCUUUUGGGUAAAUUCCAACAUUUGCUCAAUCCACGACAAGUUUUCGAUUUGACGCAAGGUGGCCCUAAGAUGGGCUUGGAAUUAUUCCGCAAAGCGCCAAAUUUACGCGUAUUGGCGUGCGGUGGUGAUGGCACCGUCGGUUGGGUACUUUCGGUGCUGGACAUGAUCAAUCCNCAGCAACAAUUGCAAUCACUUAGCCACAAAUUGCACACCUUCUUCAACUAUGGCGGCGGCACACACCCCUGGAACGACUCGUUCGGCCAAUCUAAGCCAGCCAUCGAUGACGGCAUGAUUGAGGUCGUCGGCCUGACCACAUACCAACUGCCCAUGCUGCAGGCCGGCUUGCAUGGCACCUGCAUUUGCCAGUGUCGGUCGGCGCGCAUCAUCACCAAAAAGACUAUACCCAUGCAGGUGGAUGGCGAGGCGUGUCGCGUGAAGCCGUCGAUUAUCGAAAUGAGUUUGUUAAAUAAGGCGGUUAUGCUGGCCAAACGGAAGCACGGUCGUGGCGAUGUACAGGUGAAUCCUUUGGAGAAAUUGCAUUUGACGAUUUUACGAAUAACAAUGCAGCAAUACGAACAACACCACUACGAUAAGGAGAUGUUGCGCAAAUUGGCCAACAAGCUGGGCAAAAUGGAAAUCGAGUCACAAUGCGAUUUGGAACAAGUGCGCAACAUACUCAAUGCCAAAUUCGAGGAGUCGAUCACAUACCCGAAGGUGUCGCAGGAUUGGUGCUUCAUCGAUUCCUGCACCGCUGAACAUUACUUCCGCAUCGAUCGCGCCCAAGAGCAUUUGCACUACAUUUGCGAUAUUGCCAUCGAUGAGUUGUACAUUUUGGACCAUGAGGCUGCCACCAUGCCACAGACGCCCGACCAGGAGCGCUCCUUUUCCGCCUACUCGCAGCGGAUUGGCGCGCAAAAUGAGCGCCGCAGUAUGGACCCACAAGGCCGUUCCGGCAGCACCGAAGAUGAUUUGCAAAUCGGAAAACCAGUGAAGGUUAUGAAAUGGAAGAGCAACAAAGAUCGAUUGUUUAGUUUCAACGAAGACGUCUUCGGUUAUGGAUUCAGCCCUAUACUGGAACAAACUUCCGAUGCCGUACUACUAGCGGCGCAUCAAGGCGACCUAAAUAUGUUACGUGCACUACAUGAACAAGGAUACUCACUACAAUCAGUAAACAAAAACGGACAGACAGCACUGCAUUUCGCCUGCAAAUACGACCACAAAGACAUUGUCAGAUAUAUAAUAUCGUGCGCUUCACGGCGUCUAAUCAACUUGGCAGACAAGGAUAGGGGACAAACAGCUCUGCAUGUUGCUGCCGAAAACAAUCGUCGCGACCUUUGUGUGAUGCUGGUGGCUGCGGGUGCCAAUCUACAGGCAAGCGACCUUUGCGGCAAUACACCCAUGAUGGUGGCCUUCAAUAAGAAUUUCACAGAGAUUGCAACAUAUUUGGAAAGUAAGAUGUUUUGUGCAACAAUACACACAACAACAACUAUUGCUAAAAGACGCAACAAAAUACAACAGCAAAACCCGUAAAUAAGCAGCUAAACGAUUAGCCGUAUCAGGCAGCUAGAAAUUAAAACCCUCCCUCCCCACUUCCUGCCUCCUCCUUGACUAGAAGUCUAAAAAAACAAUUGGUGAAUGCCUUGUAAUGCAGUACUUUGUGCAAAAAAGAACAGUCAAAAAAAGAGACCCAAAAAAUGCCACUGGUUUUAAUUUUAAGCUUUGCAUUAAACUUAAUUUAUUUGUAUGUAAAUGUAUGUAGGUGUAGGUAUGUAACUCUCUUGGUUGUUGUUAUUUUAAGUUGUGACUUUCAUUUAUUGUACUUGAGUUUUUAAUUAUCAAAUUUGAGCGAUUUAUUUUUGAAUAGUGUAGGCUAAUUUAUGAGUUUGGUUACUGCUCGUUUCCGACUUCCUUUCAAUAGGGGUCUUCUCGAAGUCUCGGAAAAGACCUUGCAGGGUGUACGGAUUGCAUGUUAAAAACCGGUUUUCCUAUGGGACAGCAGUGCAAACCGUGCAAUCCGUGCAAGUGCUUUUCAAGACUUAAACGUGAAUAACUGGAAAAUGCUUUUUUAUAGAACUUUAACUUUUAGUGAAAUUAUUUAUAUUAUAAUUUUUACGACAUUAAAUCAAUUAAUUUGAAUUAUUAUAAAUUGUUUAUCCUACCAACGCAUUCAAAUUACGAAACUGCACUUAAAAAAACAAAACAAAAAAAAAACGAAAAAUUGACGUGGCAACCACACAUUCCAUAAAAUUAAGGCCAAGAGCGUUUUCUCUCAAUGCAGAGACAGUCGCGAAAUUGAAGCGGAACAAGUCUGAGAUGGAAACGCCCCAACAAAAGAUAAGCAAAUAGAAAUUAGUAUAAUUUAAAUUUAGGAGACAUAUACCUAUGAUAUUUAGUACAUACAUGCAUAAAUAAGUAUUAAAGUAAAAAAAAAAAACUAUUAACUCAUACAAUAUGAAACUAUGGAUACUUCUAAAUGACGGCUACGAUGAUGUCAGAACAAAAAGGUUUGACAAUUUAUAAUAUUACAGAUGAAUUUUAACUCUACUUGCAACGACUUAAUAGAGAGUUCUCAUCAAAACCCGCAUAGCAGACAGUUCAUGCAAUCAAAUUAAUUUAAUUAUUAUACUUAAUUAUCUCUAAAAAUAAGCGAUUUAUACUCACUACAAACUAAUGAAUAAAUAUUUCCUUAAGCAGCAAUCAGCAAGUAGUUUACAAAUCACCAUUGGGCUAGAAUAUAUAUAUAUAUGUAUUUAAACUUAAUACCAUUUUAAAUAAGAUUUAAUGCUAAAAAAGAGUAAAAAUUAUAAACUUACUGCUAAAAAU